UUUCAAUGGAAAAAUCAAGAUGGUCGUCGAAAAUUUGCAAAUAGCUGCCGAUGUGAAUAGUUGAAUUUGUAAUGAUAUUGCAAAUAGAAUUCCCUGUUUUUUUAACCAAGCAUGGCACACGACGAGGUGAUAGCGCAGUUACCAGCAUUUGAAGAUGAAUAUCAAUUCAAUAUCGAUGAAACUGUUAACGAAAUAGAUUUCAUAAACGAUGAUGAAAACUUGGACAAUCUUUUCUUUCACCGAGUCGAUUCAGCUCAGAUUGUUUAUCAACCGAGAAGACGACGUGCCAAACUCAUUGGGAAAUAUUUAAUGGGAGAAAUGCUUGGUGAAGGCUCUUAUGGAAAAGUUAAAGAAGUUCUUGACACCGAAAUGCUGUGUCGUCGAGCUGUCAAAAUACUGAAGAGGAAAAAACUGAGAAAAAUACCGAAUGGAGAGGAUAAUGUUCGGAGAGAGAUCAAGUUUCUAAAGAGAUUACAUCAUCAGAAUGUUAUUCAGUUGGUUGAUGUUUUAACAAAUGAUGAAAAACAAAAAAUGUAUAUGGUCAUGGAAUACUGUGUCAGUGAAUUACAAGAAAUGUUAGAAAGUGUUCCUGAUAAAAAGUUUCCUAUAAUGCAAGCUCAUUUUUACUUUUGUCAGUUAAUCAAUGGUUUAGAAUAUUUACAUAGUAUGGGUAUUAUACAUAAAGAUAUCAAACCAGGUAAUCUAUUAUUAGCAACAGAUGAAACACUGAAAAUAACAGAUCUUGGUGUGGCUGAGGCCUUGGAGCCAUUUGCUGUAGAUGAUACUUGUAGAACAAGUCAAGGUUCACCAGCCUUUCAACCACCAGAGAUAGCCAAUGGUCUGGAGACUUUCGCUGGUUUUAAGGUGGAUGUUUGGUCCGCUGGGGUCACACUGUAUAAUAUAACUACGGGUACAUAUCCGUUUGAAGGAGAUAAUAUAUAUAAAUUAUUUGAAUGUAUAGGUAAAGGUGAAUAUAAAAUACCUGAUAGUGUUGAUCAGUUAUUAGCUAGUUUAAUCAAAGGAAUGUUAGAAUUUGAUCCCAAGAAGAGAUUUACAAUAGAACAAAUUAGAAAACAUGAUUGGUUUCGUAAGAAGCAUCCUGUGUUAUUAGAAUGGGUGAGAUUACCGCCUAAGAGUAAAGACGAUGAAGAUAUCUAUCGUAGUAUGACCGUAUUAGGAUAUUUAGAAGAUCUACAUUUCGGUACGCCUAGUGAAGAUGAGUUUGAUGAACAGCUGGUACCAGAGAGAAUUGAUAUAACCAAUCAAAUCACUCCAGCUGAGGAUGGUGUCACUGUUGAAAAUCCAGAAACCAUGGAUACUAAAGGCAAACCAUCAAAAGAAAUGAAACCGAAGAAAAGGAAGAAGGGAGCUAGUAGAUUUGGUUUUGGUUCGUGUAAACAAUCCUGAUGUUGGCUGUUUCUUAGGGAACUUGCGUUGGUAUAUAUGUAAUAAAUCGAAAUCGAAAAAAAAAAAUGGCUCCAGGUAACCAUGGAAAUAAACGAACUUGUGGAAUCCAGAGUUCAAACCUCCAGAUAUUUAAACAAUAAAUUUAUAAUCAACAGACGGUUCACAGAUCAGUUCUGGUACCACCCCUUCCAGAAAUAUAUUUUGAUUUUAGACAAUUUCCAAAGAUCUGGAAAGAUUGAGAUGCUGUCUGGUGAAUUUAAGUUUGACAUCGAUGUGCAAUUUUUUCGAGCAUGGGACAAAUUUGAUAUUUUUAAGUGUACACCAAAUGGAGUCUUAAUCGCCGCUCGCAUUCUUGUCUUCUCUUCUCUUUUUAUCUUCUUGUGAACAGUUUAGUAGUUGCUGGAAUAAACCUUGAUGACUGGAAUCGGCUCGCUGGAAAUCACAGGGUUGUACUAGACGCAGUCAAACUGGUUUAUAAAGAGAUUAACCUGUGGGAAGUUUUAAAGACUGGAAAACUUUUACCAUCAAUAGUCACAGAUUUCUUUGUGUCUUAAAGAUCAAACUUGUAUAGUUCUGUGUGCACUCGGCAGCGUUUGGAAAGAGAUUUUAUCGACCUGUGUGCACUCGGUAGUGUCGGGAAAGGAAUUUUAUCACCCUGUGUGGACUCAUAAGUGUCGGGAAAGGAAUUUUAUCACCCUGUGUGCACUCAGCUGCUCCUGGAAAGCAAUUUGGCAUACACAUGGUUCUAUGUUUCUGUACAACAUUGGAUUAGUGUGCUAAAGAUAUAGAUCCUAAAUUAAUCAUUUCUAACAUAUUUUAUUACAUUUCUCCACUACGCGCUGCACAAUCUAUUAGUAAGGAAGUUUUUUAUGGUGCCAAUCUUGACAUGACGAUUGGACCAUGAUUUGUGAUCGUGCACAAUCCGCCUUGUCGUAUACAGAAGUUACUUUUGGUGCCAGUGUUUAUGUGACGAUUGGAUGACGAUUUGCGAUCGUGCACAAUUUGCUUUGUCUUGUACUGCAGUUAUUUAUGGUGUGCAUCUUGAGAGGAUGAUUGGACGAGGAUUUGUGAUUGUGCACACGCACACACAAGACCGCUAGAACAUAGCUAUAUUUAAACGUACUGUAGAUUUUAUUUGUAAUUGGUCAGAAACAUAUCUAUUAAAAUAUUUCUGUCUUUGAAUGAAGAGUUCUUUACCAUGAUGCAACUACAUGUAUAAACGCCAUUUCAGCUUUUGCUUUUUCAAGACCUAAUAAAUGUUUGUCAAAUUUUAAAUUUUCUGUGAUCAACAUCAUACGUCUGUCUGCCCUGUUGUCAUUAACCAGAAUCUGUGUGGUUCGAUCAUCAUAUUGUGGGAGUCAUGGUUGCUUGGUGGCUGUGUCACACUGACUAACUAACCAGGACCGGGCUGGUUUGAUUCCUGUAUUGUGGGAAUCACGGUGACUUGGUGGCUGUGUCACACUAACCAGGACUGGGCUGGUUUUAUCCCAGUGUUGUGGGAGUCAUGGUUGCUUGGUGGCUGUGUCACACUGACUAACUAACCAGGACCGGGCUGGUUCGAUUCCAGUAUUGUGGGAAUCACGGUGACUUGGUGGCUGUGUCACACUAACCAGGACUGGGCUGGUUUUAUCCCAGUGUUGUGGGAGCCACGGUGGCUUGGUGGCUGUGUCACACUAACCAGGACUGGGCUGGUUUUAUCCCAGUGUUGUGAGAGCCACGGUAGCUUGGUGGCUGUGUCACACUAACCAGAACUGGGCUGGUUUUAUCCCAGUGUUGUGGGAGCCACGGUGGCUUGGUGGCUGUGUCACACUGCCUCACUAACCAGAACCAGGUUGUCACAGUGGCUUGGUGGCUGUGUCACACUGGUUGGUUUGUUUUCUGUAUUGUGGCUGUGUCACACUGCCUCACUAUCCGGGACCGGGCUCGUUUUAUCCCAAUGUUGUGGGAGCCACAGUGGCUUGUUGAGUGUGUCACAUGGACUUGGCAGGUUCGAUCACAGUGUUUGCCAAGACAGUUCCUCAGAAUUUUCCAGUCUUGUUUCCACCAGUUAGUGGGGCUGGAUGGAGGUUCUAGAUAAAAAGAUCCUGUGUCUGCCACUGGCAGCACGUUAAAGUUCUCCUGAUAGUUGGAACUUGAAAUGAGAGUAGGCCAUAACGCUGCUGUGAGGAGAAAAAUUUAACCUUGUUGCAUUUGGUUCCGAUAUUUGAAAGAGAAUGGUCUUUCUUCCUACAAACCAACCACAGCUCGUAUGCCUCCCAGUAUCAAUGUAUAAGUGUCUGUCUUAACUAGAGUUAUGGCCCUUGUUCACUUUGUAUAAAGUUAUAAUCUGAUACAUGUAUGUUAGAAAUUGAUAUGCUUUCAAUUUCAAUAAUUUCUGUUCAUAAUUGCUUGAGUUAUGUCCCUUGCUACAGAAGUUACAUGUAUAUUCCGACCUGGUGGAAAUUGAUGUGCAAAAAUUUCUUUUACAUGUAUUUACUGUUUUAGAGUUAUUGCUCUUGUUCAGCUUGUUGAAAGCUCAUCCAAUCUUUUUGAAAUGUAUUGAUGUAUUGUUAAUAUUAGUCAAACUAAAAAUCCAAUUGAAUUUCAACAAUUCAUGUUAACUAAUUUUAGUUUUAUAUAAAAAUAUUUAUGGCUAUGGUUAA